AAUCGUCGUGUGUUAUGAGCAUUUUAAGGCAAGGAGUUCAACUUUAUAUAAUAUGUCCGGUUUUUUCGUACUAUCCUAAAGGGCUAGUGAAACUUUUUGGUAAUAGUGAAAAGUUUGGAAUCAAAUUCCUAAAUUAGUCCAAAAGAAAGUAGUUCAUUCAUUCUCUCGGUGCUUUAAACAGUGAUGUUCAAUCCCACAUAACAUUAAAUUACGCUUACGAAGUGUUCCUAUUAAUCAAACUUAAAUUAUUUUAGAGGAUUUGAUAUGGAUAUCCUCGAAAAAUCCUAAAAGUAUGAAAGACGGAAUACGUUUUUCAACUUGGGUAUUUUUAUUUACAAUUGGUUAUUCAUCAUGUGUCAACGUUCAUUUCGAAAACAAAGAUGGUGGUUUCUUUAUAAAACAACAAACACGUCAACAUUUUUCCAAUCCAGAAACUAUAAACAAUGCAGCUACGGGCGGUGGAGUUCCUUUAUCGAUUGAUAAAUUUACAGUUUUCCAAAAAUCCCAACCGAUUUCGGUUAGAGCUACUUAUGGCCCGUUUAGUACAAAACAAACUGUACCGGCGAAAUACAUCGUGCCGGAUCCUUUACCUGUAAAUACCUCAGGACCUAGUAUUGAUUUACAAGACCAAGCAACUCACCAUCUUGACAUGUCAGCUCACAUUGUCCGGGACGAAAUACCAAGAGAUUCUCCAGUACUACGAGUGCUAUUUCAUACCGGUACUGAUCCUGGAGGCAGACGACAAGUGUUAUUAGCGAGACACCAUCAAAGAGUGUGUAUCGUCCUUCACGCUACUAUGGGAAAUAGGACGCCAUUACAUGCGGCUUGCAGUCCAGAUGGGGAAGACGGAGUUUGUUUAGCUCAGGUUACCAUUCCACCUUCGUGGUGGCCACCCCUACCGUCACCUGAUAAGGAUGGCAGGCCAGGAAAACUUACCAAAACACCCCCUAGAUUAGUACAGGUCGCAUAUUCGGUACUGGAACCUUGGCCAGACGAAGGAGAAGGUUGUCAUCCGAAGAUGCAAGUACAACCAUCAGCUACACUAGGCAACGUUAAACUAGUACCAGCUAAAGGAGCUUAUAAGGAAUUGAAACUAACAGAUGCCGUUACAAUAUUGGUUCCCCAUCCACCUCUGUUUCCAAUGUCGAGGAUUUACGUGCCCGUUUUUGUCGAUAGGGAAAAAUCCAAAUUGAUGACCGCGAUUGUUGUUAAAGCAAGAAUGAAGAGCGGUGUUCGUUUUUUGGAAGCAGUACCAAUGGAAGGCAUACCUUGGAACGUUACCAUUGAUAUUAAUCCUCGACAUACAAGCGCAACUGUAACUUUAAUCAGAAAAGAACCUCCAGAUACUAAUUCAGCAAUAGUACCAGGAGAUGUCAUUGAAUUGUUUUCCUGGUUGAUCGAAAUAUCCGAAGACGCUACUGAAAACUAUGAUGGUAGUAAAAUUGUUUGGUCGGCUAGAUAUGAGCCUCAUCAAGAUCAGGAUAUUGAAAACGAUAAUCGUAAGGAUAUCAGAAAAUUGAUUACACGUUUCGAGAUACAAAAAGACGAUAUACAAGCAGUAGUACCUAUAAGUAAAAAUUGGGAAGUAUUGAAUACUGCAGUGUUAACAGGCCUCCAAGUAUCCCAAACGAUGAAAGUAUUUAUUGUAUCUCAAGCUGGUAAAGCUGCCGAUGUAACAUUUCAGUCAUCUUGUCAUUCUGAAGACGAAAGCGUAUUAAAGGUUUCAUCGUCUUGUGGUUCGGUUUACGUAGAUGGUAGUGAAGCUAGGGGUUCCGAAAAUGGCUCAGUUAUAGUCAAAUAUGGCACAUAUACUGGGAUAGCUCAAUUCACUGUAUGGAUGCCAGAGUUUCCUUUGGAUUUAUAUGUGGCUGAUACAAGAUUAUCGCAACUGAAAUCAUGGAGGGUACCAGAUUAUCAUCCUAGUAUGUCUAAAUCGAGGAAGAGAAGACGACGUUCUUUGGAUAGUAACUGGGGUGUUACAUCAAUCGAUGAAACCGGUAACGUAGUGGACAAACCUAUAUGUCGAUUACGAUACCAACAAACUUCUGUUGAUGUAUACGCACGUUUCCUAGCAUCCGAUCACUCAUCAGGACACAUAAGCUAUUUAAUAAACAGAAGAACGUUCCUGAGAGUAACCGAUUUGGUUUUACCGUGGUUACGAGUUAGUGAUCCGAGAAUAGCUAGUUUACACGGUAGGAUUUUACAAGGUAGAAGUGUAGGUAGGACUGAAGUACAGGUUUUAUCACCGAUAACUAGUAGAGUUUAUGGUUCGAAAGAAGUUAGAGUCGGUAAUGAUAAAGUUGGUUUAACCAAACUUUAUGUACAAGUAGUUUCGGGACUGCAACUUAAUAUUUCUCCUGAUAGUUCAUUGGAGAACGUUUAUGUGGCCGAAACCGGUAUCACUAGGAAAUUAACUGCUCAAUAUCAGGAAGGACUACUGGAUAUUGAACUGGAAUUUUCUGACAGACAGAAAACUCCUCUAAGGGAUAUUGCUGAUACUGAUUAUCAUCUAGUAGUUGAAAGUUUGGAUCCUGAAGUGGUGGCUUUCGCUCCGAUGGUCGCUUCUCAUCAUCCAAGAGUAAUAGCUGUUGGAGAAGGUAGCGGAGAUCUGUUGCAGGUGACUUUGUUAUUAGCGGAAGAAUGUAGAAAUAGCGGUAAACCAAAAACUAAGGCUGCAGGACCCUUAGCCUCGGCUUCUGCAACUAUUAACGUCGAUUUUAGUUCGAUUGAUCUUCAUCGACCUGACAUUUUACAAAAUGACGGUGGUAGUUACGGUUCAUCGAAGGCUAGAGAAUUUUCAGAUCUUCAGGAUAUCCUGAAAGGUUCUUCAAUUCAUUUGGAAAAUUCUGAUGAGCCUAACGUAUUAGCACGACAAUUUCAAGGAAACAAAGGAAUAUCUCGUCAAUUAUCACCGCAUCAUUCUACUCCUCUAGAAAUUAGCAUGUACGUUUUGCUUGCCGCAUUUUGUUGCGCCAUCUUGGUUUUUGUUGUAUCCUGUGUUGUAUACGCAUCGAAGUUCAAACCGAUGAAUCCUAAUAUUUCACCCGGUAUUCAUACAACAUCGACUAAUUUCAUAAUCCAACAUGAAUCUAACCAAAAAUCGAAAGAAUCUACCACCAACGCUCACGAUUGGGUCUGGUUAGGUAGAGCUACCAUAGAACCGCCAUCUCAAUACGUAAACAACACUACGGAUAUGAGGAUCAUUACGAAUCCUUUGAAUAUGAAUUAUUGCGAACCGGACGAUUCUCUUAUGGGGAACAGUUUCAGUAACCCCACGCAUAUAGAACUACCGGCUACCGAUAACGGAAAUUCUAACAGGCAGAUCGAUAGCAGAACUUAUUCCAGAGGGAAAGAAAGUGGACAAAAAGUUGAGAUUUCCAAUGAUAACGAUACAGAUAUACAAGUUUGGAACAAACCGACUCCACCGCCACCGUUACCAUCACAUUCCCCUAAUAAUAAUAAUAAUAAUAAUAAUAAUAAUAAUAAGAAUAAUUUGAAUGAUGAUUAUAAACCGCCUGUACCUCCACACCGUAAUUUAAGCGUUUCUACAACUUCUUCUGAUUCUCCUCUUCCUAAAAAAUCUCAACAUCACCACCAUCACCGUAACAAGAAUCAAGACAAAAUUAAUCAACACAGAUUAUCGGAUGAUAUACCACUUUCGAAAACCCAAAUACCCACUCAGGUAAACGUUCCAAAGCAAAAUACAGAAAGUUGUACAGAAAAAGAUAUAUUUGAAUUUGACGACGAACCUCAAGAAUCUCCAAAACGUGACGAUAAUGUCGAGUUUGUACAGUAUUCAAAUAAUCCCAGUAAUAGAAAUAGCACAGAAGUAAAAACAGCAACCAUAGUGGGCAAUCCAAUGUUUAACGUCGAUGCAACAAAUAUUGAAACGGGUAAUAAAUCCAUGGAGCUACCAGGUCUCGAUGAUUUGCAACUAGACAUGGAUUACGAUCAAAUCAUGCAGUAUUUCGAAAAUCUCAAGGAAUCGAAUGCCUGAGUAGAAGAGAUCAUUGCAAAGAUCCGUGGUAUUUUGCUUUCGUUUAGCGAGCAAUACAAAGCUGCGGCUUUAAAUGAACAUCCUCAUUAUCCCGCAACGAAUCCGACAUGUAGUUUCGACUAUUUUUUCGAUUUCGUCAGCGAGUCGUACGCUUAAAUCGCCGUUGUGUACCUUAAAAAUGCACAAGACUGACUUAAUUGAUCAAUAAAUUGAAUUAAUUAGCCAAUAUCCAAAUAUAAGAAUCCUAUAUUGCUUAGCUGUUGGGCAUUAUAUAAUUUUUUUGGCAGUAAGGCUAAAAAGGCUGCUAGAUAUUAACCGAGUUUAUAUACAAAAUAUCCUAAAGACUUUUUUAAAUUAAAAAAUAACCUUUAGUUAUUUGGUGUAUGUACACAUGAAAUUUUUAGUUUUAACUAAAAAAAUAGGAAAUGUAACAAAUUUUAACAAUCAUCUGAAUUAGUAAUUAGAAAAACAGUAAAAGAGCUAUAAUUUAUAUAAAAAGAAGUAUGCGGAUACUGGCUCAUUAAAUUCACAUGUUAGUCGCCUUUUGAACCCAGUUUUAACAAAAAUAUUUCAGCAGUACUCUGUUAUAGAUAAAAUCAGUAAUAUUUUGGAUUUGUAAGAACCUAACCUUAUAAUUGGUUAAAAAAAUGCAAAAGUUGUUGAAUAGUACAUACGAGUAUAUCUCAAAUAUCCCAGUUUUGUCUAAAAAAUCAAUUUAUUUGUAUCUUCCCAAAAAAAUUGGUUAUUUUUCCUUUUUUUCUUCACCUCUGAUAGUUUUAGGCCCAAUUUUGAGUAGGGUUCUUUCUAGCUGUCUUCUUGCAGUUAUUUAUCAGUUUUUUUUUUUCAACUUUUUUUGUUCUAGAGCUUUUUAUUUUUCCUUUAAGAGGUCCAGAGACUCAUAUUUUUCAAUGUGGUCCUUUCCAAAUUGGAUACAAUUCUCUCAAUAGUUUUCGUCUUCUAGUUUAUUAGCAGUUUUCGAAAAGGUCUCUUUCCAAGUUCCAUUUUAUCCCUAGGCAAUUAUUUUUCUCCCUUAACUCAUAUUUUCGUCUCCUUUCAAAAGAUUAUCAUUUUCGUCAUUUUUCUUCGUAUUUGCUUUUAUACUUUCCGUUGUCUUACUUUUUGAUAUAUUCUCUUUUGGUGUUAUUGCCCUAAAUUUAUAAUUAUUUUUGGGUCAGUACCCACUCAUAUUUUUCAUUAUUGGUACCUUGAACCAAUUAAUUGGACACAUUUUACAAAAAGAGAUCAGAGAGACCAUCAUCUGGAACAAAUACAUACUGAAUUUACCAAUAUAACAAGUAUUGAGUUUGUAAUUGAAAAAAAAAACAAAAAUUAUUUAAACCAUUGAAAAAUUAUGAAUAAAUUAGUUUUUAAGUGUUAUCAAUAUUAUAAUUUGGUGUAUAAUCUGUGUAUACUUUUAUAUAUUAAUAGGAAACAGUUACCAUAACUCCAGGGGUGAUUUUCAUUUCCUGUCAGACAUUUAGAAUAUAUAAUAAUGAAAAUCUAAUCUCAAUAAGCGAAAAAAUCACUAGAGUUUUGGUAAAAAUCUAAUUUUCCUCUAUAUUUAACCGGUAAUUGUUAAAAAAAUGAUUUUAAAAAGGUGGUGACAAGAGUAGAAAGUCGGAUCGAUUCUCAGAGGAUUUUUGCAGUGAUCAAAAAAAAAAAUUAGCCGUUAGUGUUUUUCUAGUCAAAAUAAUGAAGCUUUAUUUGAAAAAAAAAAAGAUUAUACUCACUUUUAUACUGAGUUUUCACUAGUAUAUUAAUGCACAAAUAGUUACGAACAAUCCUAAAACGCUUUCCAGCUUCCAAAAUGCUUUAUCGUUAAAAACGUUAAAUAAACUAGUGAAAAUCAACUUUGAUUCGAUUUAAAUAAUAAAAUUUUUGUAAUUAGAGUUAUAGACAUCUAUAUUUGACCGCUGUACACUAAAACUACUCGCUAACACACUUAAAAUCCACUAUUUCGUUCAUAUCCGGCUCGAAGGACCAACUUAACGUUUUAAAUAUUGUCCAAUUUGAGGUUAAAGUCAACUCUUGAUUGAAUUUAAUUAAAAAUAUGAACAAAUGAAACUCUAAUUGCAAAAAAUUUAUUUGUUAGCCAGUAUUUUUACUAGUUUAUGAACAACACACUUAUCUUCCCGCAGGAAAUCUCAAAUUCAAGGAAAUAUGAAAUUUUAAACGAUGUACUUGUCAAUUCUACCAUAUCGUAUUUACUUUAGAUAUUUUAGGAUGACAUUUUGGAAGCAAUAAAAAUUCUCACAUCAUUUUGAAUUUGAGUUUUUCUGCGUAUAUUUUUUUAUAUAUAAAAAUACGGGUUGUAACGGAGUAUUUAGGAUUUUUUUCUUGACAUUCCAUACUGUAUACAAGAUUAUUUUAUAGUUUAAUCCUUCAUAUAACAUUCCAUAUAAAAUACCCGUUAUCACUAGUUUUAAACGUUUUUCUCAAAAUUCCUUGAUAUUCCAUAGCUGUGUAGUCAUUUAAGUCACAGGGAAAAGAAGAAUAAUUCAUCUAGCCUCGUUACAAAAUUUCAACAGCCACAGCUUUUGACCAAAUUUUAAUUACCAUUUUACAAAAAAAUUUGUUUCAAAUUCAAAGGGGCAUGAGACUCUAUAUUAUGGACCGAAGCCCUAAUGUGGUCCCAUGAGAUGCCAGAUCAACAACAAACUGAAUAGCUGGCAAAAGCAUCAGAUGAUAAUGAUAAUCACGGCAUCAAAGAAGUCUGAAAAUCUUCUGGAGAUGUUAGGAAAUGACAUUAAAUUAGUGGUAAGUCUUCGGAUUGGUCAAAUAUCAUCUUAAGACGAUAAUCAUGGCAGAGAACGAUAACUGUAGAUCCUGUGUGUGAAUAUUGCAGGACAUCUACUGUACAAACGUCCUACUCAUUCCAGCUAUACGAUUUGGUACCUCGAAGUAGUGUUGAUAUAUAAUAUUUUAGAGUCAAUACACAAAAAUCUUUUUAGGUAUAGAUGCACAGCAUUGGGUAAGUGUGUGUCACCCAAUAAAUAAUUACCCCACAUAAAAUCCUAAAUACUCUGCAUUGUUGGUUUCCUCCAACCUAGUUUCUUAUUCAAAAAUUAAAUAAACGCGUUCCGCUGUCUGCUAAUUGCGAAGACGCUUGAAAUAUUAUUUUCUAUGUGGAAUUAUUAACGAAAUAUUUCAAUGUUUACGUACUCUGAAAAAUAUUUGUUGUUAUUUUUGCAAAUAUUUAAUUUAAUUAACAAAAUUAUUUGAAGAUAAAUUAUUUCUUCAAUAAAAUCCAAAAAAAAAAUGAGUAUUGGAAGUCUUUGAGACUCUUUGUUAUUUUUUAUUAACACAUCUUCCUAAUGGUUUAGGUUGAUAUGUAAAAAUUAAUUUAUUUUAAUUAAUUUAAAAAAAAUGCAACAAAUAUUUAAUUUAGUACUUUAGAAGAUAUAAGAAUAAUAAGUGUGUUUGCAGUAAAUAUAUAUAUAUAGUUUAGUUUAUUUGUAAAUUUUUGUAUAAUAUGAUGGUGUAAAUAACUACAUUCUGUGUAUUCCCCCUGACUGAAGAAUAUUUAAGAUUUGUGUUCUAAAUAAUGUAUUACUAAAUAGCGUUUAUGUAAAUUUCUUUGUAUAUAAACUCGCCUAAGUAGAA